GUUUCUCGUCACUUCCUCGCGUUCUCAUCAUUGCCGAUGGCGGCGUCGGCGGCGGACGUGGCGGCGGUGGGUUGGCGGCGGCCGAAGACUAAGAUCGUGUGCACUCUGGGGCCGGCUUCGAGGUCGGUGCCGAUGUUGGAGAGGCUUCUGAGGGCGGGCAUGAACGUUGCACGGUUCAACUUCUCGCAUGGAUCCCACGAGUACCACCAGGAGACGCUGGAUAACCUCAGGGUCGCCAUGGAAAACACUGGGAUCCUCUGUGCCGUCAUGCUCGACACAAAGGGCCCGGAAAUUCGAACUGGUUUUCUGAAAGAUGGCAAGCCCAUCCAUCUCAAAAAGGGACAAGAGAUCACCGUCACAACUGAUUAUAGCAUAAAGGGUGAUGAGAACAUGAUAUCUAUGAGCUACAGAAAGCUAGCCGAGGACUUGAAGCCAGGAAGUGUCAUACUGUGCGCUGAUGGGACGAUCACUCUCACAGUUCUGUCGUGCGAUAGGGAGUUAGGUUUGAUCCGCUGCCGGUGCGAGAACUCUGCUGCUCUUGGCGAGAGGAAGAACGUAAAUCUUCCAGGGGUCGUCGUAGACCUUCCUACAAUCACAGAGAAAGACGAGGAGGAUAUCCUUCGGUGGGGUGUUCCAAACAAGAUCGACGUGAUAGCUCUAUCUUUCGUGCGCAAAGGCUCUGAUCUUGUGGAAGUUAGAAAGCUACUUGGAGAGCAUGCAAAGACCAUUAUGCUGAUGUCCAAGGUUGAGAAUCAAGAGGGGGUGGCUAAUUUUGACGACAUACUUGCAAAUUCGGAUGCUUUUAUGGUGGCCCGAGGCGAUCUAGGGAUGGAAAUUCCGAUCGAGAAGAUCUUCUAUGCGCAGAAGGUGAUGAUCUUCAAGUGCAACAUGCAAGGAAAGCCUGUUGUUACUGCGACCCAGAUGCUGGAAUCCAUGAUCAAGUCCCCUCGCCCCACCCGAGCAGAGGCCACAGACGUCGCCAAUGCAGUUCUCGAUGGCACCGACUGCGUGAUGCUCAGUGGAGAAACGGCUGCCGGCGCUUACCCAGAGUUGGCAGUCCAGACGAUGGCACGGAUUUGCUCGGCGGCAGAAUCCUGCAUUGACUAUGGAGCAGUCUACACGCAAACUGUGGCUGCUGCACCAGUUCCUAUGAGCCCAUUGGAGAGCCUUGCUUCGUCUGCAGUUGGAACGGCAAUCUCUGCCAAGGCAGCCCUGAUCUUGGUCCUGACUCGGGGAGGAAGCACGGCGAAGUUGGUGGCCAAGUACCGGCCGUCGAUGCCAAUCCUGUCGGUGGUGGUUCCUGAGAUAAGGACGGAUUCAUUUGAUUGGUACUGCAGUGAUGAGUCGCCUGCAAGACACAGCCUGAUAUUCAGAGGACUGAUUCCACUCUUGAGCGCUGGAACAGUCGAAGCCUCUCAUUCAGAAUCCACAGAGCAAGCACUUGAAUUCGCCAUGCAGCAUGCGAAGGCUACAGGGCUCUGCAAGCAAGGAGACUCCAUUGUUGCGCUGCAUCGUGUAGGAGCUGCAUCAGUUAUCAAGCUGUUGAUCGUCAGCUGAUUGAGAAUACUCCACUAGUCACCAAUUUUGCGAGGUGCUUCUUGAUCCUUGGACGCUGCCCAAAUUGAUCAUCUGAUGCUACACAAACCAAUGGCAUGAUCCAUGUUUACCAUUUUGGCGGCACAUGAUCAGCAGAUUUUGUUUCUUUAGCUUGUGCUGACAAGAGGCUGCUUUUAGUCUGUAGUAGUCAAGUCUAAAGUCUUCUAGUUGAUGGUUCUGUUUUUUUUUUUUUUUUUUUGAACAGUUAAAAUUGUUAUGAUACAUUCAGCUUAAACUCGUUAUUUUUCGUAAGGAAAAAGGUACUCAGUAUAAUCUUUGCAUUGAUUUUCUGAACUUCAUAUUUGCUGUCUGCUCUCUAUAGUUUCAAGUAUAAUUUGUUUUCCAAAGCUAAUAUUUUUAUGAGAACUUGCCCAUGUUAUCUCCAGGUCAUGCAUUAAUGCAAUGCAGGAAUGCAAUUUUGGCUUUGUUCGCCAUUUUUUAACCUGUACGCUUAAACCAGAAAUCCUUUGGGCAAGUGUGAGGAAGGGUGAGGUCAUUCUGGUUUAUAUAUAUACUGUAGACAGACCGGAAAUCCUUAAUCAAAUGAAACAAUGUAUUGCUAUGCGAUGCUUUGUGCUACAUAAGAAAAUCACCAGCAAUCUUUAGCUUUAGGCUCUCCUUCAUAGGCCGAAGUAAUCCUACAAA